AAUGAAAAACUCUACAAAAUUUUGUGACAGAAUUGUGUAGAAAUUAGAAACCCCACUCUACAGUGAAAACCCAAUUUGGGUUUCUUGAGAAAAAGCCUGCAUUUAUUGAGAGAGAUAGAAAACAGUGAAUGUAAUUUCAGUUUUGCAGCAUUUUGCGUGAUUUUUUUCAAGAUUUUCUUGAAAAACUACGGUUGUGGGGUUUGAUGGUAAUGGUAAUAUGAGCAAAAAGGGUGUUAUCAGAAGAUCGAAAGCGAGUGGCUUUACAAAUGGGUUUGGCCAAACUGUGCAAAUAUAGUGGUGGGUUGUUGUCUAAUCUGGCUGCCGUGGUGCAUAAUCAGCACAAGCAGCAUUUUGUCUUUUCUUGUUUCUCGUCGCCGUCGUAUGGGGCGUCGCCGUCGCCGUCGCCGUCUCGGAGGCCGAUCUCAUGGACAUGUAUUUGUGGAUUUAUGUUGUUUGCUUUGGGGUUGAUUUCACUCUUUACUGGACAUGUGGCAUCCAAUAUUGAAUGGUACUCUCAGCGAAUCGUCAAAAGGAAUUGGUUCUAUAAACUGGAUGGAAAUCAUCGUGCCUCAAUUGACAUUUGGAAAUCAAGGUAUUCAAGUUUUUACUAUGGAUGCAGUGAGAGAGGCCCUCAUUUUUCUUCUGCUGUGCGUGAGCGAUUUUCCAAUGGAUAUUUGCUUAUUGCAACUAGUGGAGGUCUCAACCAACAAAGAACUGGCAUAACUGAUGCUGUAGUUGUUGCACGGACUCUCAAUGCGACUUUAGUUGUACCUGAAUUGGAUCAUCAUUCAUUUUGGAAGGAUGAAAGUGAUUUUUCCAACAUUUUUGAUGUUGGUUGGUUCAUCUCUUACCUUGCAAAGGAUGUCACAAUUGUUAAAAGAGUUCCAGAGAAGGUCAUGAUGUCAAUGGAAAAACCCCCAUAUACCAUGCGAGUUCCUAGAAAAUCGGAGCCUGAAUAUUACUUGGAGCAAGUAUUGCCUAUACUCUUAAGAAGACGGGUUCUUCAGUUGACAAAGUUUGACUAUCGACUUGCUAGUGACCUUGAUGAAGAGCUACAAAAAUUGCGCUGCCGUGUGAAUUAUCAUGCCUUAAAAUUCACAAAACCCAUAAGGAAUCUUGGUCAGAAACUUGUAUUGCGUAUGCGAAAGAUGGAAAAACGUUUCAUUGCAGUUCACUUGAGGUUUGAACCUGAUAUGUUGGCAUUCUCUGGCUGCUACUAUGGUGGGGGCGACAAGGAAAGAUAUGAACUGGGUGAGAUAAGAAAACGAUGGGCUACUUUACCUGAGUUGAGCCCUGAUGAAGAACGAACAAGAGGGAAAUGCCCACUAACACCUCAUGAAGUCGGGCUUAUGCUGCGGGCUCUUGGCUUCAAUAAUGACACAUACCUUUAUGUUGCAUCUGGUGAAAUAUAUGGUGGAGAGAAAACUCUGCAGCCCCUAAGAGAGCUUUUCCCAAAUUUUUAUACUAAAGAGAUGCUUGCUGGUGAAGAACUUCAACCCUUUCUCCCCUACUCUUCGCGUCUUGCUGCAAUUGACUACAUUGUAUGUGAUGAAAGUGAUGUCUUUGCCACUAACAAUAACGGGAACAUGGCAAAGAUCCUUGCUGGUAGAAGGAGGUACAUGGGGCACAAGAGGACGAUCAGACCAAAUGCGAAAAGGCUCAGUGCAUUGUUCAUGGCACGGGAUAAGAUGGAUUGGGCCACAUUUUCUAGAAAAGUCAAAUCAUGCCAAAGAGGCUUCUUGGGAGAACCUGAGGAAAAUAGACCAGGCCGUGGAGAUUUCCAUGAAUUUCCAUCAACAUGUAUCUGUAAGAAACCAUUCAAUUUUUCUAAAUCCACAAGCAAAGAGAACAAAUAUCGGAAUCCAACUGUCUUGGAGUCAAGAUAUAGGUACUUAUCCAAUAGCAGCAACCUGGAACAGAAGAGCUCUCAGAAAUUGAGAGAAGGGAGCUUGAGAGACCGGCAUGGGUCUGUAAUAGAUGAGAUUGACCCUGAUAACCCUUUAUCCGACUAAAAUAAAUACUAUAAGUAGGUUAGUAGCUUAGCGAGCAUUGUUAUGGUUGUUUUGUCCUCUCCAACAUGCCGUCAUUAUCCCUUGCUACAACUUCAGAAAGCUGAAGUUUCAGUGCUAGGUAGGUGUUCAGUGCUCAAUUUUUCCAGUCUUGCUGCUUGUGUACAGAAAAUCUGUAACUUCCUCUGAUCUUGCAAUUGUCCAUAUAUGUUCUGUAAGAUAGGACUCUAGGGAGAGUGAUACCUUGUAUUGCCUGCUCGAAUAUAUAUGCACCAGUUUCUUUGACAUGUAUCCAAUCAUCUGCAAUUGCAGCAGUUUAGUUUUAUCAAAAGCAUAGUUGAGGCUA